AUGAUUAACAAGCACUUCUUUGAAAUUGUGUUGAUGGGACUGGCCUCUUCUGCAGUCUUCUCCCUUGAAUUGAAACUGAUUCUCUUCCAGCAAAGACAAGUGAACAAAGAGAGUUUAAAAUUCUUGAAUAAACUGCAAACCUCAUCAAUUCAACAGUGUUUACCAUGCAGAAAAAACUUCCUGCUUCUGCAGAUGUCCGUGAGGCCUCAGCAGUACCAAAAAGGACAUGCACUGGCCCUUCUCCAUGAGGUAUUUCAGCAGAUCUUCAACCUCUUCCGGGUAAAUAUUUCUCUGGAUGGUUGGGAAGAAAACCACAUGAAGAAAUUCCUCAUUGAACUUCAUCAACAGCUGGAAUACCUAGAAGUACUCAUAGGACUGGAAGCAGAGCAGAAAAAUGGUACCUUGGGUAGUGAGAACCUUAGGUUACAAGUUAAAAUGCACAGAAUCAAUGAUUAUCUGAAAAACCAGGAAUACAGCAGCUGUGCCUGGACCAUUGUCCAAGUAGAAAUCAGUCAGUGUCUGUCCUUUGUGUUCAGACUCACAGGGAAGCUGAGCAAGCAAAAUGAAACCUUGAAUGACAUGGAGCAAGAAACCAUUACAGACUUUAAAAGCAGCUAG